CUCUGCUGUAGCCAAUGAUAAACUGCUGUUGAGUGCGCACUCGUUUGGCUGACGACGACCAUGGAGCGGAGUAGUGUCCUCUUCGGCGUUUCAAACUUUUAGCGUUUAGUUUCAUUUCGGGCAGAACGGAGCGUUUCCCUGAGCUGGAAUGGGGGAGAUAGAAGGUUCAUACAGGGUCCUGCAGACCCCUGGCACAAGACUGGGAGCCCAGUUCAAUGCUGGGAUCAGCACUCUGGAGCCGGGCCAGAGUCUCAGUGGCAACAUGGUCAACAGGAGCAUAAGCCAAGGCAGAGGAAUACAGAUCCGUGUGCAGGGGCUGGACGACUCUCAGGAGUUCUUUGAUAUAGAACCAAAGGCUCUUGGACAGAUCCUUCUCUCUGAGGUUUUCCACAGAGGCAACCUCAUAGAGAGUGAUUACUUUGGCCUCGAGUUUCAGAACAUGCAGAUGAACUGGGUUUGGCUGGAACCCACAAAACCCAUUUCAAAACAAGUGAGAAGACCAGCAAAUACACUUUUUAGACUGUCAGUGAAAUUCUUUCCCCCCGAUCCGGGUCAGCUGCAGGAGGAGUACACCAGGUAUUUAUUCUCCCUGCAAAUGAAAAGGGAUCUGAUGGAGGGCAGGUUGAUCUGCACAGAAAAUACUGGUGCCCUGCUGGCCUCUCACCUUGUCCAAUCGGAGAUCGGCGACUACGAUGACGCAGCAGACAGGGAAUACCUGAGGAUAAACAAGCUGUUACCUUACCAAGAGAAAGUACAAGAACGGAUCAUGGAGCUCCAUCGCAGGCACCUGGGGCAGACUCCUGCUGAAUCAGACUUCCAGAUCCUAGAGAUCGCCCGUAAACUGGAAAUGUACGGCGUCCGCUUCCACCCAGCAGCUGACCGCGAAGGCACCAAGAUCAACCUCUCUGUCGCUCACAUGGGCCUGCAGGUUUUUCAGGGCCACACAAAAAUAAAUACCUUCAACUGGUCCAAGAUUCGAAAACUGAGCUUCAAAAGAAAACGUUUCCUGAUCAAGCUUCACCCAGAAGUCCAUGGCCCCCAUCAGGACACUCUUGAAUUUUUGAUGGGCAGUCGAGACCAGUGCAAAGUCUUCUGGAAGAUCUGCGUGGAGUACCACUCAUUCUUCCGACUGUUUGACCACCCACAGCCCAAAUCCAAAGCUGUCCUUUUCACUAGAGGCUCCUCUUUCAGAUACAGUGGAAGGACCCAGAAGCAGCUUGUGGAAUAUGUCAGGGAAAAUGGAGCAAAGCGGACCCCUUACCAGAGAAGGAACAGUAAAGUAAGAAUGUCGGCUCGGUCCCUCGCAACUGAUGUGCCAAAACAGAGCUUUUCAUUCAAUGACAGUCUCAGGUCCCCGGGCUCAUCUUCCUCCGCAGCCCUGACUUUCCAGUCAAUGCACAUCCCUAGCGUUUUCCCGCUAACAGAACGCCAACCUCAGCUCCAGCCUUUGACCGCACUGAGUCAGUCUCCAGCACCUUCUCAGCAGCAGCAGCUUCAGUCCCCUCUGCAAGCCACCAGACCCCCCAGCCCUCCGAAGGAAGAGCCCAUCAAGCCUACUUCCCCGUCACCCUACGCUUUUCAAGAUUCAGUGGUGGACAGCCCUCAGCUCUCCCCUGUCGCCUCCAAAGGUCCCCUCUGCCUGUCGCCCUCCUUCCAGAUGUCGAACCUCAGCCUGCCGGGCCAGACCCCGUCGCCCUUGCAAAGCCCCAUCCUGAGCGAGGUGGGCAGCAAUGCCAGGCUAGAGGAGGAGGAGGAAGGCAGGAGGAAGAGAUAUCCCACCGAUAAGGCCUAUUUCAUUGCCAAAGAGAUUCUGACCACAGAGCGAACAUACCUGAAAGACCUCGAGGUCAUCACUGUGUGGUUCCGUAGCGCUGUGAUCAAAGAAAACGCCAUGCCCGAAGGCCUGAUGACCCUCCUGUUCUCCAACAUCGACCCCAUCUACGAGUUCCACCGAGGUUUCCUGAAGGAGUUGGACCAGAGACUGGCUCUCUGGGAGGGGCGUUCAAAUGCUCAUGUCAAAGGAGACUACCAGAGGAUUGGCGACGUGAUGCUGAAGAACAUGUGUGCCCUUAAGGAAUUCACCAGUUAUCUACAGAAACACGAUGAAGUGUUAACAGAGCUGGAGAAGGCCUCCAAGAGGCUGAAAAAGCUGGAGACGGUCUACAAAGAGUUUGAACUGCAGAAGGUCUGCUACCUGCCCCUCAACACAUUCCUGCUCAAGCCCAUCCAGCGACUCAUGCACUACAAGCUAAUCCUGGAGAGACUGUGCAAGCAUUAUUCCCCUGCCCACCGCGAUUAUGACGACUGCAAGGAGGCUCUGAAGGAAGUGGCGGAGAUAGCCACUCAGCUUCAAAGCAGUCUUAUCCGGCUGGAGAAUUUCCAGAAGCUCACAGAGCUGCAGAGAGACCUGAUCGGCAUUGAGAACUUGACGGCACCAGGCAGGGAGUUCAUUCGAGAGGGGUGCUUGUACAAGCUCACCAAAAAGGGGCUACAGCAGAGGAUGUUUUUCCUGUUCUCUGACAUGCUCCUUUACACAAGCAAAGGUGUUACAGCAACCAAUCAGUUCAAAGUCCAUGGACAGCUGCCCCUUCAUGGCAUGAUACUCAUAGUGUUGGAUGCGCCGGUAGAGGAAAGUGAAAAUGAAUGGUCUGUUCCUCACUGCUUCACCAUUUACUCUGCUCAGAGGACCAUUGUGGUGGCUGCCAGCUCUAAAGUGGAGAUGGGAAAGUGGAUUGAGGAUCUGAACUUGGCUAUCGACAUGGCCAAGAAGUCUCAAGAGAAAUCCAGCAUCUUUCUUGAUGCUGGACUCAGCGAUCGCUCCAACCGGUCGUCCGAUGAGGUUUCUCUGGAGCAGGAGUCGGAGGAUGACAUGAACUCCUCCCGCACUUCACUGGACAAGCAGACGCACCACCGUGCCAACACAACCAUGCAUGUGUGCUGGCAUCGCAACACCAGUGUGUCUAUGUCUGACCACAGCCUGGCUGUGGAGGUACUCCUCCCCUGCCCCCAAUUACCUCCUCCAGUCUUCGGUUCUCCGGCUGUCUCACCAGAACUUCCUCCUCGCUAUCUCCUCGGUCAGGGCCAAAGACCAAAUACCAUCACACAUGUUUGCUGGUACCGAAACCAGAACCUCUCUCUCACUGAUUACCUGCGCAUGAACCAGAACCAGCUCUCGGGUUACCUCCUGAGGAAGUUCAAGAACAGUAACGGUUGGCAGAAACUCUGGGUCGUUUUCACCAACUUCUGCUUGUUCUUCUAUAAGACACAUCAGGACGACUUCCCGCUGGCCAGCCUUCCGCUGCUCGGCUACACGGUCAGCACGCCCGAGGAAUCGGACAGCAUUCACAAGGAGUACGUCUUCAAACUUCAGUUCAAGUCUCACGUAUACUUUUUCAGAGCAGAGAGCGAGUACACCUUUGAAAGAUGGAUGGAGGUGAUCAAAAGUGCAGCCAGCACUACAGGCAGGAUGAGCCUCCUCAUACCUAAAGGAGGUCCCAUGGAGAUCAACGGAAACUGAAAUGAGCAUCGUGUAUCUGGAGGCUGGGCCUCUGGGGCAUCAGAGACUUGUCGGUGUCAUUUCUAUGUGAAAUAGACAUUUAAACAUUAACAAAUGAAAGAUACUGCCAGUUUCAAGUGUUAACAUUUUUCUUCUUGAUUCUAAUGGUCUGUGCAUUUUGCUUGAUUAAUGAUGUAAAAGGUAACAUUUGUCCCACUAUACAGGAUAUAAUGAAAGGGAGAGGUGUACAUUAUGAGCUUUUUUUUUUUUUCUUUUCUUUUUUUUCCUGCAUAUGUUGUGCUCUUGUUUCUUUGAUUGCAUAGACUGAUGGGAGAUGCUGUUUUUAUGGGACCAACACAAAGGGCUUAAAUUCAGGUUUUCUGAAGGACUGAAGCUUUACUGGGUACAGUACUGUACCGGGACUGACUGGGAUACAGAUGAAAUACAGUAUGUGGGAAAUGAAGGUACUGCAAAUUGUAUGUGCUCUCUAAACUGUACUUUGAAAGCGCUGAGGGCAUUAGUGAGGAAGAGGUGAACGGGAACGUAAUGAAAUGCUAAGCAAGUGGGAGACUCGAAGAUUUGGGAAGUUUUAGGGAAUUCACGCUGCUGCGAGGAAGUGGGAUUUGUUGUGAGCAGUAUUCGUUUCUAUACUCUGAGGCCAGACCUGAUUGCUUUAUUUGCUCUGAGUGGGAGAAUGCAACCAGUGUUUGAAACUUUUAAAAGGGAGCUGUUGUGUUUUAUGCGCCUGGUUAGUUAGGCAGCGUCAAGGUCAGUCUGGUGCUACAUUUCUCUCUUUUAAUAUCUCAUGUUUCCUGUUUUCAUGACCCAUAGGGAUUAACUACUUGAGGACAUGCUGCGCAACAAUUUUUUUCUAGUGUUUACUUUGUAAAAUUUGCAGAUUUUCCUUCUAAAAGUUAAAGAGAACAUAUUUUUAAGUAAUCGUUUGAGGAUGACUUAGCACAUGUCAGACUUUUACACGAAUGGGAGCUGCACGGAUGACAGUAGUGUAGCAUUUUACAUGAACCCAUGGUAUUAUUUGGUUUAUAUAUUUUUAAGAAGACUGGAAUCUUGACGCUCUGUGUGUGAUGUGUUUAUAUUUUUUUUGUGUGUGUGUUUGUGGUGAAGCCAAGCGUGCAGUCCUACUUGCACCUCCCUCCCCCUCCCCGCCUCUGGAGCUUAAAGAGAAAGUGAUGAUGGAGGUAAUCUCCGAACCAUCAGGCAUUCUGUGCGAGUAAGAGGCAGACUCUGCUGCACACUUAACAUCCAGUAUGUUAUUCCUAUUUAUUGUGUAGGAUGUCGUCAGGGCCAGGCUCCUGAAUACACUCAUGUAGUCUUCAUGUUAUUCCAUUUAAAAACCUAACAAAUAAAGCAUAAUUUGAAUCA